AUGAGCUACCUAAAGUCGGUCGGCACCGCUGUCAUCUACAUCGGUCUGAUCCUGGCCGUGAUCACGUUCAUCCCCGGUCUACCACCGGAGGCUGAGUUCGUGGAGUACAACAUAACUCCACCGCGUCAAUUCGAUCCCAAGGUAGGCCCGAAAAAUCGGCUGAACGGCAUCCAGAAGUUGUUCGAUGGUGCGAUUAAUGCCCCGGAAAGUUUCGGCUCCUAUGACGGACAGCUGUACACCGGUGUCCAUGGUGGUUACGUCCUCAGGAUCGAGGAGGAUGACAUAGUGCCGAUUGUCAAAUUCGGCAAGAAAUGCGAUGGCAUUUGGCAAGAACAAAAAUGUGGAAGACCAUUGGGAUUAAAGUUUGAUGAGAAAGGCAAUUUAUAUGUAGUGGACGCUUAUUAUGGAAUUUUUAAAGUAAACGUUGCAACCGGAGAAUAUACAAAUAUAGUGAACGUUACCAAACCGAUUGAUGGAAAAGUUUCACGGAUACCAAAUAGCAUAGAUAUCGCAAAAAAUGGAGAUAUGUAUUGGACUGACAGUAGCACAGACUUUGCUCUUAAUGAUUUAGUAAUGACAUUUCUAAUGAAUCCAUCAGGAAGACUUAUACGUUAUAAUGCAGCUAAGAAGGAAAACGAAGUAUUGAUACGAAAUCUUGCAUUCGCAAAUGGUGUUGUAUUAAGUGAUGACGAAAGUUUCGUAAUUGUGACGGAAACAGUAAGAAAUCGUAUUAUGAAAUAUAAUCUGAAAGGACCGAAGGCAGGGCAGCACGAGAUUUUCAUUGAUGGAUUACCGGGUGCACCGGACAAUAUUCACAGCGAUGGUCAUGGUGGUUUUCUUCUUUCUUUAAUUGUUACUACUAAUAAUCCUGAGCUUCCUCAAAUAUACCAGUCUCUCAUACCACAUCCCUAUUUGAGAAAAAUGUUGGUACGAUUGUUUGUGACGAUGGAAUUGCCAUUUAAACUAUUAAAUGACGUUUAUCCUAAUCCCUACACGGAGAGAAUUUUGCAUGCAAUUGGAUCGCAUCAAGGCAUAGAGUUUUUAAGUGAUCCAAAGCAAAAAAGUUUGGUGUUAAGAAUAGAUGCAUCUGGUAACAUUAUUGAAAUACUUACUUCAGACGAUGGCUCAGCUCAUGAUAUAAGUUCAGCUUAUAUACAUAACGGAUUUUUGUGGUUUGGCACUCCGUUUAAAAACUAUCUCGGUAGAGUCCCGUUGAAACAAGCUUUCCCUGAUUUAGCUGAUAGUGCAAAACAAUCUUCUCAUACAAGGAGCGAAAAGCAUUCGUCAAACGUCGCUGCUUCUGGUGCGAAGACAGAAAGAGUCAAACGAGAUACCGGUUCUACGACAGUAAAACCGAUCGAGUCGAACAGAGCUUCCCAGACAACGCCUAAACCAACGGCUGCUCCCACAACCACACCUAAACCAAAAACCACUGCUGCGCCAAAAUCAUCUUCAGUUCCUAAAACAGAUAAACCUACGGCUACAGCUAGCAAUGUGAAACCAUCGGAAACUAAAUCAUCUACGAAUGCCGAAGUCAAAAAGGACAAUGCAAAACCAGUUGACGAUGCGAAAUCAAAUUCCCCAAAAUUCGAAAAGAGCAAUAAAAAAGAGGAUACUGCAAAGACACAAUCCGAAAAGAAAGUAAAAGUGGAACAGAAUGCUUCUGCAAAACAAACAGAGCAAAAAUCACAAUCCGAGAAAGUUAAACGGGAAACAAACCGUCCAAAAGACGAUCUGUAAUAAAAAAAAAAAUAAACCACGAUAUAUUUGUGAUACCACCAACACUUGUUGAACGGUACACUCCAUAUUUUUCAGACAUUCCAUUAAACUAAAAAAUAGGUUGAGGAUAUAUAGAUUAACGGUUUCUCUCAUCUCUUUGCUUAUGCAUUUAUAUUAUCCACAUUGUUAUGUUCGAGUUAUGCGUAUAUAAUAUGUGUGCGUAUAUAUACGUGAGUAUACGUAUACAAGUUGUGUGUAUACGAGUUAUGUGAUCCAUUAUAGGUGCUAUGAUUUUAAGACAUAAGUCUUACAAAAAAUAAGUUGUUCAAAAUCAAGAUUAUUAAAAUUUAUG